GGGCCAUGGGACCAAAAGCCACCUAAGUUUUCUUUCACUACUUGCUUGUAGGAUUAUUGCGGCCAAUGACAGCCAUCGUGGGAGCACGGCCAUUAGUCAAAAGGAUUCCGAAUCAAUCACUCGAAAGGGAAUCGCAUGACCUAGCUUUGCACAUGCCGGGACAACCGAGCGUAUCCGUCCGGAUUUCCAGUCUUCUCUGCUGACUCUUUGUGCAUCAUGGAGACUUGUGUGUCGUAUAGGUUUCUCUGACAACAAGCUUACCACGAAGCGGCACUGACCCCGUCAACCUGCCGGCCGAGCUGAGAGAGUCUCCUCAUUCGAUCAGUAGCUGUAGGCUGUAGCGCGCAGCCUCGCCCUCGCACGCCCCGGCCCCGGCGGAUCUCGGAGCAAAGUGCGCAGCUAGCGUAGCGCCGAGGAUGGGCACCGUCGGCGGCGAGCUGCCCCUCGCCGACCCGGCCGCCGACGCAGACCGGGCGAGGCUGCAGCAGCUGGGAUACAAGCAGGAGCUCAAGCGCGGCCUCUCCGUCGUUUCCAACUUCGCCUUCUCCUUCGCCAUCAUCUCCGUGCUGACGGGCGUGACGACGACCUACAACACCGGCCUCCGCUACGGCGGGCCGGCGUCCAUGACGCUGGGGUGGCUCGUCGUGGCACUCUUCAACGGCUGCGUGGCGCUGUCCAUGGCGGAGAUCUGCUCCGCCUACCCGACCUCCGGCGGGCUCUACUACUGGAGCGCCAAGCUCGCCGGCAAGGAAUGGGCUCCACUUGCCUCCUGGGUCACCGGAUGGUUCAACAUCGUGGGGCAGUGGGCGUGCACGGCGAGCGUGGACUUCUCGCUGGCGCAGCUGAUCCAGGUGAUCAUCCUGCUGGGCACCGGCGGGGCCAACGGCGGCGGCUACCUGGCCUCCAAGUACGUCGUGCUGGCCAUCUACACCGCCAUCCUCGUCGUGCACGGCCUCAUCAACAGCCUGCCCAUCCACUGGCUCUCCUGGUUCGGCCAGCUCGGAGCCUUCUGGAACGUCGCCGGUGUGUUCGUCCUCGUCAUCCUCGUCCCGUCGGUGGCCAAGCAGAGGGCCAGCGCCGAGUUCAUCUUCACCCACAUGAACACCGACAAUGGCAUGGGCAUCCAUAGCAAGGCCUACAUCCUCGCCGUCGGCCUGCUCAUGAGCCAGUACUCCAGCAUCGGCUACGACACCUCUGCUCACAUGACGGAGGAGACGAAGAAGGCGGACUGGAACGGGCCGAUGGGGAUCGUCUACUCCGUCGCACUGUCCAGCGUGUUCGGAUGGAUCUACCUGCUGGCUCUGACGUCGGUGGUGACCGACAUCCCGUACCUGCUGGACACCGGCAACGACGCCGGCGGGUACGCCAUUGCUCAAGCCCUGUACUCCACUUUCCACCGGAGGUACGGCACCGGCGCCGGCGGCAUCGCCUGCUUGGUCAUCAUCGCCGUCGCCGUCUUCCUCUGCGGCACCGCCUGCGUCACCAGCAACUCCAGGAUGGGGUACGCCUUCUCCAGGGACGGGGCGAUGCCGUUCUCGCACGUUUGGUACAAGGUGAACAAGCAGGAGGUGCCCUUCAACGUCGUCUGGCUCUCCGUGUCCGUGGCGUUCGUCAUGGCCCUCACGUCGCUGGGGAGCCAGGUGGCGUUCCAGGCAAUGGUGUCCAUCGCGACGCUGGGCCUGUACAUCGCCUACGCGCUGCCCAUCUUGUUCCGCGUGACGACGGCGAGGAGGUCGUUCGUGGCAGGGCCGUUCCACCUCGGGAGAUUCGGCGUCGCCGUCGGCUCGGUGGCCGUGCUCUGGGUGGCGCUAGUCACCGUGCUCUUCUGCCUGCCGGUGGCGUACCCCGUCACCAAGGAGACCUUGAACUACACGCCGGUGGCCGUCGGCGGCGUGCUGGUGCUCAGCCUCGCCGCGUGGGUGCUCCACGCCCGGUUCUGGUUCCGAGGGCCUAUCACCAACGUUGGUUAAUAUUGACGUUGUUUGUGUAGGCUUGGAUAGUAUGUACUUUCAAUGCAUGCAUGUUAUUAUAUCAUGUCACUCUGUUCUAAGUAUGAAUAUGAAUAUACUAUACUUAGUUUUUUUGUCA